AGCGGGCGGGCGGCGGCGACGACGUUGGAGCCGCGGGGCCGAGCGGAGCGGGUGGUCAGCAUGGCCGGCCUGGUGCUCGGAACGGUGAGCUGUGCAUUCUUUCUGGCAGUAAAUGGCUUAUAUUCAUCUAGUGAUGAUGUGGUAGAACUGACACCUUCAAAUUUCAACAAAGAAGUUAUUCAGAGUGACAGUUUGUGGCUGGUAGAAUUCUAUGCUCCCUGGUGUGGUCACUGCCAAAGGUUAACACCAGAGUGGAAAAAAGCGGCAACAGCAUUAAAAGGGGUAGUGAAAGUGGGAGCCGUUGAUGCGGAUAAACAUCAGUCCCUAGGUGGUCAGUAUGGUGUUAAAGGAUUUCCCACGAUCAAGAUCUUUGGCGCCAACAAAAACAAACCCGAAGAUUACCAGGGCGGCAGAACAGGCGAAGCUAUCGUGGAUGCGGCUCUGAGCGCUCUCCGGCCCCUGGUUAAGGAUCGCCUCAGCGGAAAGAGUGGUGGAUCUAGUUCUGGAAAGCAGGGUGGUAGUGGAGGCCCAAGUAAGAAGGAUGUGAUUGAACUGACGGAUGACAACUUUGACAAAAACGUCCUGGAGAGUGACGAUGUUUGGCUGGUCGAGUUUUAUGCUCCUUGGUGUGGACACUGCAAAAACUUAGAGCCAGAAUGGGCAGCUGCUGCCACUGAAGUCAAGGAUCAGACGAAAGGGAAAGUGAAAUUAGCUGCCGUGGAUGCUACAGUCAACCAAGUACUAGCUAGCCGAUAUGAGAUCCGAGGUUUCCCCACAAUCAAGAUUUUUCAGAAAGGAGAAGAGCCCCGGGAUUAUGAUGGUGGAAGAACAAGAUCUGAUAUUGUUUCCCGGGCUCUGGAUUUGUUUUCAGAUAACGCUCCACCACCUGAGCUGCUUGAGAUUGUUGAUGAAGCGGUAGCCAAGAAGACUUGUGAGGACCACCAGCUCUGUGUCAUUGCUGUAUUACCUCAUAUUCUUGAUACUGGCGCUUCCGGAAGAAAUUCGUAUCUGGAAGUUAUGUUAAAGUUGGCAGACAAAUACAAAAAGAAAAUGUGGGGGUGGCUGUGGACAGAAGCUGGUGCCCAAUUUGAGCUUGAAAAUGCACUGGGAAUCGGAGGAUUUGGAUACCCUGCAAUGGCAGCUGUUAAUGCACGGAAGAUGAAAUUUGCCCUCCUGAAAGGAUCUUUCAGUGAACAAGGAAUUAAUGAGUUUCUCAGAGAGCUCUCUUUUGGCCGUGGUUCCACAGCUCCGGUAGGCGGUGGGGCUUUCCCUAAAAUAAGCACUGUGGAGCCAUGGGAUGGCAAAGAUGGAGAGCUUCCACUUGAAGAUGAUAUCGACCUCAGUGACGUGGAACUCGACGACUUGGGAAAAGACGAAUUGUGAGGUUACCAGUAUAGACUUCAGACAGUUUCUUGGGAGUGGCUUGUCCAGGAGUGAUGGAAUGUCCUUCACAGCCAAAUGGAUCUACCCGUGGCCUUUUUUUACCAAGAAGUAGCACACGAUUGGUCAGUUGAAACACUGUAACAGUGAACUGUUCGCAUCUCAAGAAAACAUUGGAAAAUUCUAUGAAUUGUUGUAACCGGUGAAUUUGAUUGUAUACUGUCAGAUAAUAUUUUGAAGACAAUUUAGAUCUCGUGUUGACACCUUUCUUUGUGCAUCUCUCCACUGUGCUAGUUGAAGCUCGUGAGACUGUUACUGUACUGAGUUACUGUGAUUUAAGUGAACAUGAACAGCUUUUGUUCCCGUUAAAGAAUAAAAACGAGAUAUUUUUGAGAGUCUCAUGAAGAAAA